GUCAUCGAAAAGAAACUUUUUGACCAUGCAAAACAGGAUUUGGGGGAUUUGGAUUUGGCAAUCAUCUGGAGCAUGUUAUUGUUAACUUACCGUUAAACAAAUUUCACUAUGAUUUGACGCCUUUGAUUAGUAAAGCUAGUAAAAUGUUUGCCUGUGGUUAUGACCAGUUGGAAGAUGAUGGUUUUAAAGGCUCAGAAAGUGAACAUGAAUUUGUUGAUGACAACCAUUGUAGUGAGUCAGAUCGGGAAGAAAUUGAACAGGCAUUGUAUGCUCAGAUCCAUUACUGUCAAGAUGAUGUGAAGGAAGAAGAUGAAAAACACUUCAUCUUUCAAUGUUCAGAAAAUGGAGUAUUGAAACAGAGUGAAGCAAUGUUAGAGGAUGAGAAAUUGACAAUUAGAUCAUCAAUUAAUGACAGUUGUAUAACGAUAUCAUCAGGUACAGACAGUUCACCUUCUAAGAGAAAAAAGUCCAAGAAAAAGAGAUUAUUAACAGACUCGUUUGAAGAAUUGAAAAGAAAUGCAAAAGGAAAGAAAGAAGAAGUGAUUCAUAUCUAUUCCCAAACAGAUACAGAUGCAAUAAGUAUAAGUUCUGAUAAAGGCAUAGAGAUUGAUAGUUCUGACAUUGACCUUGACAUUGACAGUGAUUGUAUGAUGUUAGAUGAGAGUUGUGAUGACAUGGGUGACAUUGUCCUCAAUGUAGAUCACAGUCAGAGAACCAUGUUAGAUAAUCUGACAGUCAGGAAUAUUGGAGAACAAGAUGAAGCAGACAAAUGGACAAUAAUUGAUCAAGACAGAUUUGUUGGUAACCCUUUGUUGGGUAGAUAUUACAAAUCAUCUUCAGUAAGAUGUCAUAAUUGUAAUGAAAAGGGACAUUUAUCUAAAGUCUGUCCCCAACCUAAGAAAGUAAUGGCAUGUUAUUUAUGUGGAGAAGAGGGCCAUUCUGGUAGAACCUGUAAAAAUCCUAUAUGUUUUAACUGUAACGUACCAGGCCAUAUUACAAAUGAAUGUACGAAAUCGAGACGAUCUAAAUAUAUAGACUGCCAUCGGUGCCAGAUGUAUGGACAUACAGCUUAUGAAUGUCCAGAAAUUUGGAGACAGUUUCAUCUAACGACUGUUCAUGGUCCAUUGAUAAGAGGUAAAGAUAAUGAAAACCCAUUGAAACAUUGUCCAAAUUGUGGAGGGGAUGACCAUUUUGAUCAUGAUUGUGAGGAAGAAAGAAUGGACAGACAUACUUUAGCAGCUUGUACAUUUAUAUCCCAAUACAGAAAGUCUGAUGUCAGAGUAGCCAAAAGACAAAAAGAAAUGCAAGAAGAGGAUACAAGCAUUCCAAAGAAAAUUAGGAAAAGAGACCACGCAUAUAGUACAAACAGUUGUGAUUUCAAAAUAACAAAAAACUAUGAGGAAGACUUUGAUAGAAGUAGUUACAUUGAAACUGAUGACUAUAGAUAUAGUAAGAAAAAGAAAAAGAAAACUACAUGGACAUUUAAGGAGAAAAAACCUGACAAUUUCCGUAAAAUAAUGGACAUGGAUUUGGAUUCAUAUACUUUUGAGAAGAACACCAAGAAACCUAUAAAGAACAGGAAUAGUAGGGUUAAAUCUGAUAAAAAUAAACUUGAUAAAAGGAAGGAGAAGGAAAGAAAGAAAAAGAAUAAAAAGAGAUUGAGUUUGGAGGAAGAAUAUUAUGGUCCCCUACCCAAGAAAAAGAGAAAUAAAUCCAAGAAGAAUAAGAAAGAUGGUCAAUCUAUAAAACAAAAGACUGGAAAUAGAGGAUUUAAGAUACAAGAUCUAAGGUUUAAAAUCGAUAAUCAGAAGAGAUAAUGAUUGAAAAAUUAGUGAUGUAUCUGUUGUUUUGAAAAAUUAUUGUUUAAUAAAUUAUUAACAGCU